AUGCGACCAACCGCUCUCCUCCGCGUGCGGGUCAUCCCCGUGUCCGCCAUCCCUCGCAACGAGAUCCGCCUGCCUCCCAACCCCCCUCCCAAGCGCGACCCGAAGUCGACAGACUCGCCCACCAUCGAGCGCCUCCUCAAAACGCUCAACCGGCCUUUGCGAGCGAAGCAGCAGGAGGUCGCGGCAUUGACUCGGCGGUUGCGGACAGAAGACAAGGAGUUGACUCUCGAGGCGGCGGAACAGGCGGCGCGGGAACAGCUAGGGGUUGCGCACGAUGCGGUCGUCGACCUCCCGCCCAACCUCCGGAUCAACGAGUAUGUGCCGAAGCGGACGGAGUACGCUGGUAUGAAGAGGGAGCACAGGGAGAUCCUCAAGAGGCUGCGUCGGGAGGCAUGA